CCGGCACAUGUAAACAACACAAUCACGUUUCAAUGUUAUAUUUCAGGAUGAUCACCGUAUGACUUUAUUUAUAUACUACUACCCUUUAAUAUACAAACAUGGAGUAUCCACCGUUCAAGCUCGGGUCGUCAAGAUUUGACCAGAGCCAAUUUUCUGGACGGUUUCGUCAUCUAUUAGAUCUCACAGACCCAAGGCCUCUAUUUACAUCCCAGAAAAAGCUGGAUGCGAGUAUAGCCCUACUCGAGAACUUUAAACGCAACAGCCUUCCACCCGGUGUUACAGACAAGGAGCUAUGGCAGGCACAGAAAAUAAAACAGAGCAUACUUCAUCCUGAUACGGGCCAGAAGAUACUUAUGCCAUUCCGAAUGUCAGGUUACGUCCCUUUCGGAACGCCAAUUGUAGUGGGCAUGUUACUUCCUAAUCUCACCUUCCCCCAGAUGAUCUUCUGGCAGUGGCUUAACCAGAGUCACAACGCCUGUUUCAACUAUUCAAACAGGAACGCCACAAAGCCGACCCCGACAAGUAGAUUUGUGGCGGGCUAUCUAGGGGCAGUAACCAGUGCAAUAUCAAUAGCUGUUGGCCUAAGUUAUCUGAUCAAAAAGUCGAGCUCUUUUUCCCCUGCAACCAAACUAAUGAUACAGAGAUUUGUGCCUUACCCCGCUGUCGCGUCAGCGAAUAUAUGUAACGUGCUGUUAAUGCGAAACAACGAACUAACGGAAGGUAUUGACGUAUGUGAUGAAAACGGCAACGUUGUUGGGACGUCGAAAAUCGCCGCAAGACAGGCUGUGCUGUCCACGGCCGGGACGCGAGUCAUCUUGCCAGCUCCUCUCCUCAUCAUUCCACCAAUCGUCAUGUCUCUCCUGGAAAAGACGCGAUUCCUUCAGCGCAACCCCCGAUUCCAUUUGCCGUUUAACGCUCUUGCCUGCACGUUGUCGUUUGGGCUUGCCCUUCCGGCGUGCAUCGCUCUCUUCCCGCAAUAUGCAUCGAUUCCCACGAAGGACUUAGAACCGGAAAUUCAAGCUGUUACUUCCGAGAAAACGCUCAUCUUCAACAAGGGACUGUAACUCUAGGUGUCAGGGGCGCUGACUCUGUAACACUCUGUCGGAUUAGGAGUCGGUCUGGAACGCUUCGCUGAGAGAUUUAACGAGGGCUUAGUGAUAGACAAUUGCAAUCCUUUAAUUUUUAAUCGAUUUACAGCCGUCUUUUGCCGAGCUCUUGUCAAAUGGAUUAUCUGCCCCUGUUUGAAAAACUUCAUUCAUUCGGUCGGACAGUGUCCACAUAUCAACUGUUGAGUGAUAUAAGUCGGAAUGAAAUUAAAAGAGGUUAAACUAUUACACCGGUAAAGGGUAAACUAAAUAUGGCCAGGAAUCACUAUCUUUUUAAUACAAAAGUUUAGAAGUUAGUUUAAAGAUUUUUUAACAUUUAUUUGCUCAUAAUUAUGCUCAAUAUCUGUCGAUUCCAAAGUUUUUUUUAAGAAAUGUACAAAUCAUUUGUGUAAUGCAAUAAACAUAAUAAUACUUAACCCAUAUAAAAUGUGAUAAACUUAACAUUUAUAAGAUAAUAAUUGCAUUUUUUUUAUUUGCAUGAAGUUGUACUAAUGGUUAGUGUGUAAAUGUGUACCUACAAAACCAAUGGUUCGAAGUGACCCAGUCGCAUAAACACUUAUAUUAUGUACUUAACUUACACUCUGUAAAUUUUAGUGGUCUAUAUUAUAUUGUGUAAACUACCCACUUAUUUGGCCUGUCAUUGUUUAUUUCUACCGCUUUAUCUGAUUAAAAUCAAUAACGGCUUACUGCUGUUUUAUUGUAAUAUAUAUGUAUUUGAAAACUUUAGAAAUAACGCCUUCUUACUGAACAAAAUAUAAUGUUGACCACUGUUUUAAUGAUAUAUUUGCUUCGGUUAGUUUGCAAUAGUAAUGUUGGUAAGCUGAAGUGAUACAAAACAAAAUCUUGCCUAUUAUGUUAUAGCUUCUUUGUAACGUUUAUUUACGAGAUCUGUAUACACUUAGUACAGGUACUAUCGCGUAUAUUAUUUCAAUUUGUUGACGUCUUUAGCUUGCUGUUUCUACAUUUCUUCGAUUGGUUUUAAGGAUAAUCGUUUAUGCUUAUACAUUUAUGUGAUGUCGUUAGCGAAAAUGAGGCUUGAUUGGAAAUUUUGAAUAUCCAAUACAAUUCCAGCUCUGAGUUCUGUUCAGGUUAACUAAAGGAGUUUGCGCAAAUGUUUAAGAUCGCUUGUGUGUGCGCGCUGUCAUAAAAUAGGGAUACAAAAACAAUAGAGCUAACAUGAGCGACCCAUAGCAACAACAGGACGCAGGCCAGGCCCCAAUUCCUCGAAACAUGGUAAGUCCUGUAUAACAAGAUAAAGCUAAGCCCACUAUUAAUUAGUUGUUGUUGUUUUUCUAUAUCGUUCGUUACAUUUACUUGUGUAAGUCUGUUUAACUUCAGUUUCGAGAAAUUUGGGCCAGAUUUUUUUUGCAUGAUAUUUCAGAUACUUUGUAUAAGUCGUAAAAAUAUGUUUAUUUCCAUGAACUCGACCGGCCCUAUAUUUUCAUCCAGACACUACACCUUUUCCCGUAGUGUGACAUUAAUAGUUUCGUAAUUUCCUAAAAAAAUGUGCAUUUUUCGAUUGAACAUGUUGUAAUUUAAGCAUUUUGUAUUUUUUCUACAAUGGUGAUUGUGCAUUUUGUGAGUGAACAUGUUAAAAAUUGACAAUUUUAUAUCUAAAAUUUUCUACAAUAGUAAUAUACCCUGAUAUAGGUGGCAAUGUUACAGAAUCCCGGUUCUCAAAAUAAUGGAACAAAGUUAUGACUACCUACCUACACUUUUGUUUUAGGAGAUGUAAGAAGAAACAAGGAACUUUUGUUUUUUGCCUUACAAAUGAUGUUAUUAAAACACAAAAUACUAUUUCUACGAUCUUUUUUUGACACAUGACACAUUCAUGAAUGUUAUUUCAAAUUUCUCUUUUGCCCCAUUUUCGCUAACGACGUCACCAAGUUUCAUACAUGAACUUAUAUGUCCUUGUGAAGGUUUUUAUUCUAGCUAUCAUAUUAUUUUUUGCAAUAAAAAUAUAAU